AUGAGUUUUGAUGUCCGAUCAGAAAAAAUUGAUCUAAUAAAAGGACCAGAGUUACCAGACUACAACAUGUUCAUGAGUCAAAAGUUUACAAGCUACGAAGGAAAGCUUGCAAUCCUGCUCACUGGUAAUGGUGAUUGUUCAUUUUAUAUGUGGAUUCUAGAGGAUGCUGCGAAACAUGAAUGGUCGAAGAAAGCUUAUGUUGUGCCUGACUUUUUUCCUCUCGACCCUUUUGUGCUACUCAUGCAGAGAGCAAAUGAGAAUGACAUUGUAAGAACAUUUCACUACGACGAUAGAGUCGGAACCAGCGACGCAAUCGUGGAAUCAACACCGGCGUCUCCACCUAGGCAUAUUAUGUUCUCCGUUAUAAUCCGAAAAGAUAGUCCGCUCCGAAAUCUCCGCGGAGCUAAGUCUAUCUUCAAAGUCUCCUUUACUAUCAUUCUGAAAACGUUUAUAGUUAAGUUAAUUAUGAUGAAAGAUUUCCAACUAGAUGGUGAUAUGAUCAUAUCGAAAACGCUAUCACGUACUGAUGUUGACCACCAUGGACGUCUGUUUUUACCCAAAAACCAAGUGCUCUCGGUCUUGAAAAAGAUGAGAAAUGUUACAAAAGAGAGCUUGCGAAAGGGUAUUGAACUCGAAGUUGUAGACAUCAUUGAAAACGAUUCAUACUCUGUUAUCCUAAAGUCCAGGAACACCACCAACGAUUUUGUUCUGGCAUCGGGUUGGAGCAUUAUGAAGCAUUCAUUAGACCUCCAAGAAGGUGAUGAUAUCAAACUAUUUUGGGAUUACUUGAAUUACAAAUUCAUUAUUCUCAAUUUCGAAUACAACUUAAUUCCCUAA